GAUGAUACAUAGAGCAACAAUGAAAAGACACAUUACUUCUUCUUCGAGACUUUGUAUGUGUGUUCUCUUUAUGGUGUUGUUAUCUGAGACAAUCACAAAUGCUUUGGUGAAACUGCCGGCAAACAAAACGAUUCCGGCAAUAAUAGUGUUUGGAGAUUCAAUUGUUGAUGCCGGAAAUAACGAUGACAUUACGACAACGUUGGCUAGAUGCAAUUAUCCUCCUUAUGGAAUUGAUUUUGACGGUGGAAUCCCUACCGGAAGGUUUUCCAACGGCAAAGUUCCAACUGAUUUUAUAGCGGAAGAACUGGGAAUUAAACCAAUUGUACCGGCAUAUCGAGAUCCGACUUUGAAACCGGAAGAUCUCUUAACCGGUGUAACAUUUGCGUCGGGUGGGGCUGGUUACGUUCCUUUCACAAGCCAACUAUCGGGAGGAAUAUCACUAUCACAGCAACUGAAAUUGUUCGAAGAAUAUAUAGAGAAACUAAACGAAAUGGUUGGGGAAGAGAGGACAAAGUUCAUAAUACAAAAUAGUUUGUUCAUGGUUAUAUGUGGUAGUAAUGAUAUAGCCAAUACAUACUUUGCCCUUGCUUCUGUGCAACGCCAAUACAACGUCGAUUCCUUUACCACUCUUAUGGCUGACAAGGCUCAAUCUUUUGCUCAAAAAUUACAUGAAUAUGGAGCGAGAAGAAUACAAGUAUUCGGGGUGCCGCCACUAGGAUGUGUGCCUUCACAGAGAACUGUGGCAGGAGGACCAACUAGGAGUUGUGUUGGAAGGUUCAAUGAUGCAACAAAGCUCUACAAUGCUAAGCUUUCUGCAAAUUUGGAUUCUUUGUCAAGAAAUUUACGUGAAAAUACAUUAAUUUACAUCGAUAUAUAUGAUUCUCUUCUUGAAAUCAUUCUAGAUCCUCAACAGUAUGGAUUUCAAGUGGUUGAUAGAGGGUGUUGUGGAACCGGACUAAUUGAAGUUGCUGUGUUGUGUAACAAUUACACUGCUGACAUAUGUCCGAAUAGACAUGAUUAUGUGUUUUGGGAUAGUUUUCAUCCCACUGAGAAGACGUACAAGAUUAUGACCGGAAAAUAUUUUGAAAGAGUUCUCAACAAGAUAUUUUAGUUUAUGGGUUGCACAUGCAAGUUGUAAUCUGAAUGAUUUUUU